AUGAACCUUACUACGGGCGCGAGCGUGCCCGAGCUGCUGGCGCUGGACAACAUCCGCAGCCAGCUCAUCCGUCUCGAGGACACCAUAAUCUUCUCCCUCAUUGAGCGCGCGCAGUUCGCGCGCAACAAGCGCAUCUACGAGGAGGGCGCUUUCACAAAAGAGAUGGGCUCCGAGAAGCCUCUGCUCGAAUGGUUCAUCCGCGAAACGGAGAGCUUCCAUGCUAAGGCGCGCCGCUACACCUCACCGGACGAGCAUCCAUUUACGCCUCGCGAAAUGCUUCCCACGCCUGUCCUGGUUCCCAUGGACUUCCCAUCUCUCUUGCACACCCCCGCGGCAUCCCACCCCUCGGUCAAUGUCAAUGACCGCAUCCUUGACUUUUACGUCGCCCACAUCGUGCCGGGCAUUACGAAGGACGCAGAUGACGGAAAUUACGGGAGUAGCGCGACCCGCGACGUCGAGGUGCUCCAGGCUCUGAGCCGACGUAUCCACUUCGGCAUGUUCGUCUCUGAGUCGAAGUUUCAGUCGGCGCCCGCAGACUUCAUCCCCCACAUCCUCGCGAGCCCGCCCAACAAGGACGCUCUCGCGGCACUCAUCACCAAGCCUGCGGUGGAAGCGCGCUUGCUCGCCCGUUUGGCCAACAAGGCCAAGGUUUACGGGUGUGAGAUGGAUGCAGACGGGCACGUGAUUGAGAACACGGGCACGCGCAUCGACAUCGAGGCUGUCGUGGGGCUCUACCGCGACUGGGUCAUUCCUCUAACGAAGGACGUUGAGGUGGACUACCUUGUGCACCGGCUCGAUGAGGUGCCUCAAGCGCAGAUUGACGAAUGGAUGGGCAAGGCAUAG